AGUGCGCAUGACUGUAAACAUAACAGGAAUAACUUUUCACAAAACACCUCUUGACCUGGAAAAUACAGACGCUGUAUUUAAUGACUGUAAGUUCAUGCAAGCAACGAAAGCURUAAGUGUUAAGAUAUCGCGUGAUCUAAAUGCAUUARACUUGAAUAUUGACAAUUCGCUUUUCACCAAAAAUAUUGGUUGCAUCCAUGUCAAUGUGGAAGUCACWGGUGAAUUAAAUACGAUGUCAAUGGCCAUUCAAAACACUUUGUUUGACACUAACAAAGGCCGUGGGUCAAAUGAAUUAGUGUCUUUCGACCACAAGCGAUGCAUAAAAAGAAAGGUUUCAUUGAAGUCUAUCUGGAAAAAUGUCACUCUAUUGAAAAACAGUUAUAAGAGAAAGCGAUUUUAUGAGGACGCGUGUUCCAAUGACUCUUUUUACAGUAAAUGCGGAUACAAUGAUAGCUCAAAAUGCAACGCUGAACACGAUCCCAGCUUUUUUGUUGUCAACGCCUACAGCGCAACGCUGCAUUUUGAAAACAUUCAAAGCCGCAACAAUAUAAAUAUGAGAUUUCUUAAAGUGCGAAGUUGUGAAAGCUAUCUCAAGAUCUACCAAUCUUYGUUUGUUUCCCACAAUAUACGUGGUUCUGGAGGUGUCAUAUACAUUCCUGAAGGACGAAAUGUUGAUGUUCUUCUUAAGGAUUCCACUUUUUAURAGAAUGAAGCUGACAUUGGCGGAGUCCUUCAAAUCGAGAAAGGAUUAAACAGAUCUGUCACUUUGAAAGCAAUCAACUGUUCAUUUAAAUAUUCGGAUGAGUCCCACAGUGGAAUAAAAACCGGUUGCGUUUUGUCGGUAGGAAAUGUUUCCUCUUCAAGAGGUGUUAGAGAAGUGUCUGCAAUAAUUCASAAAAACACAUUUGAACGAUGCUCUAAAAUAUGUAAGAAGGGUGCAUUUCGUAGUCGGUAUGGACCGUUGUGCCUGGCGACAACCCAUAAUGGUAAUGUAAUUAUUGAGAACUCGAAAUUCGUUAGAAGCAAAAAUAAUAAAGGCUCAGCAGUGUUUAUCGUUCACAGUGGAGAAAUGCAAGGWGGAUCGUUACAUGUUAAGGUGUUGAAGUCUGAAUUUCUAUGUAACGUUGGCCCCAUGCUCAAACUCUCUGCACUUGGAGUUUUUAUCAAUGACGUUUGUAACGUCUCUGAGUCAUCACUUUUUAUCUCUGACACUGUAUUUGAGAGGAAUGUGGGAGUAGCCGUGAAAACAGCGAAUAUACAAAAUAUUUCGUUUACGAAUGUUUCCUGCAUCAAAACUAAUGGGACAUGCUACGAGUACUUUAUUGGAAGGGAACAACAUAGCACGUGCACUGUGUAUAAUGCGUCGUUACUCAUUAAAAAUUCACUUUUCGCAGAAAACUUUCAGUGCCUUCAUUUCAAAUUGGUGCAGCCAAUCAUUUCCUCAGUUGAAAUACAGAACACAAAAAUUCUAGAAAAUACUCUUACAAACUCCUUUGUUGUAUCGUUCGGUCUCAAUACGAGGAAAGAAUUAGAUCUUACGGCAGUUUUCCUGAUGGAAAAUGUUAUCUUCAAAUCAAAUCAAAUGACAAAAAACAAGAAAGGAAGCUUCAUCUUUGGUUUCAUUGUCCCAAUUACUCAUAAUGGCUCAGUCUCUGUUAUUUUCAGACAUUGUGUCUUCGAUGGAAAUUCGCAGACUCUCAGGAACAAUAAAAAACAAAUCCCUACGAUGAUAUUCCUACGAUGCCAAGAUGAUCCAGUAAUCCAUCCAAAGCAUCUCACUGGGAAAAGAAAAAAGCCUGAGUUUCCUUCUUACAAGUAUCUAAACAGCUUUUUAUUCGAAAACGUAACCUUUGAAAACAACAUGGCUUUAACUUACCUAAUGUAUGUCCUYAAUGSCAACACAACCUUCAGAAACUGUUUGUUCAAGAAUAAUUUUUCUUAUAGACCUAAGAUUGGCGCUCACCUYUUCAUUGAAAAAGGAACAGGGACYGUUACAAUUCAAGAUUCAAUCUUUCUUCAAAAUGAAAUCAGAAGUUCUUUACGUUCAAAUCCGAUGCAAUCAGUGGAUUAUUUAUUCAUGGCUUUUGUUUUUGCAGGAGGAACAGGCCCAUUAUUACUGAGAAACUCUAGUUUUAUAGCUGACAUAUCUGAGAGGAUCAUCCCUCAUUUCACCAUUCAAACAGAAGGAUUUGUUUAUAUUGAUAAYAACACAAAGCUAAUUUGUCCGGUAGGUAGUUAUAUGAACCUCGAGAAUGGCUCCCACAUYRUUUACCUUAAUGUCGGGCAAGGUUCUAUUAAUAUUACUCARAUGAAGUUCUCGUGCAAAACAUGCGGSYCAGGWAAAUACAGCMUUGAAAGAGGUUUGAUGCAUGGAACAAGKUUGCAGAAUAUUCAGUGCUUCAAUUUUUGUCCCUAUGGCUCCAUUUGCACAAAUAACAUUCAAAGCAGACRUAACUUCUGGGGAUACCUAACAUUUAAGACUCCUCCACAGCUGAAUUUCACAAGAUGCCCAGAACAGUAUUGUCGAUCUCCUAAAACAAAGUACAACACUUCAAUAUACAAUAAAUGCAUUGGCAAUCGAACCGGAGUCAUGUGUGGUAUGUGCAAGAAAGGUUUUACAGAAAGCAUUUUCAAUCACAAAUGUCGGCCUAGUAAUGAGUGYACYGAURAAUGGUUCUGGCUCAUCGCCUUUUUGUAUUCCUUUGCAAUAUCCUUCUAUAUUAUCAAACGACCGCCGGUAGUUCGGUUUCUCGUGGAUCAGAUGUUUUGGUUCAGGAGGAAAAAGGAAUGCGUAACUGAGUCAGAUACUGUGCAACAACAUCAUGGUGGRCAUGGGUUUUCUAAAGUAAUUUUCUAUUUCUACCAAAUAGCUGAUUUAUUGAUGUUGGAUAGUACUACGGAMAUUUUGAAGAGGAACAUUUUGUUGUCGUCAGUCAUUGCAUUUUAUAAUUUCGAAGUCGAGRCAGCAGACUCUUCGUUUGGCUGUCCUUUUUCAGGAUUGAAUGUUGUGACAAAAGCACUGUUUCGUUCCUCAAAGGUCUUUGUCUCGAUGGGGUUCCUCUUGGUCUUCUACGYCUUUCAUUAUCURAGCUGUUUUUYCCUAAARARAUCKAGACCGUCAUUCGCUCCAUACAUCGCUGCUAUCGUUGAAGUUCUGUUACUUGGUUACGAGAGACUUGGCCACACUUCAUUAGAACUUCUACAUUGUACACCACUGAAGAUCGACGGCMAUACUGAAUGGCGUUUGUUUCUUGAUGGUAACAUUACUUGCUGGGUGCAUUGGUGGCAGUUCGCCUUGGUAGCAUACAACAUCAUCUUUGUGUUGCCAUUCCUUGCUGUUCUUUUGGUAGGCACAUCCAAGCUACGUCGUCAUGAGAUAAGUCCCAUGUUAUUUGUCUUGGCCUGUUUUGUUCCUCUGCCAUUCCUGAUAGUCUGGAUUGUACGCUGCAAAACCUAUAACGCACGUGAUAAUGAAGAACACGAUGAGAUGAGACAAGCUUUAUUGGAUGUUCUUCAAGGUCCAUUCAGACAGCCAGAUAGCCAAUCAAAAGGCACGCUGUACUGGGAAAGCAUUCUCAUUGGUCGUCGCCUUAUAUUGUUGUGCAUUUCGGCAUUUGUAACGACACCGAUGAUACGACUYYUGUUAAUGACUGUGCUUUGUUSAAUYGCUUUGUUUCAUAAUACGAUUUCCAAUCCAUAUAAGGACAAGAAGGCCAACUCCUUUGCUCUUCUCAUACACUGGAUGCUUGUCGCCUUGGCAACUGUCAAUCUAUGUAAAUCAGUUCUUGUUACAAUUGGUGUCUUCCCCGAGGAUCCAGUAAAGACACAAAUCUUUGCAAURCAGAUCUUUGAAGUCGUCAUCAUCGGUCUCUUGCCUGGCGUGUUAGGAUUGCUAAUAGCUGCAUUUUUGGUAUCACAAGUUCCACGUUUGGUGGUCAUUGUUGUCCGAUGUGCACGUGCUGUGUGUCUGUGUAGAAAGGAUUUGUCGACAAGUAGUCGGCAACUAUUAACCAUAGCAGCUAAUGAAGGUUUUGAUUCCGGAUUUGAACAUGACGUAAUAAUUGAGACCUAUUGAAGAACAUGUCAUCAAUUUUA